AUGGGCUCUUGGGAUUGCUAUUGCUCCAUCUGCGGCGGGCCAUUGAAGGCCCAAUCCGUCCGUAGUACUUCUCGCGUGGUACCCUGGAAAUCUGCUCAGCACGACGGUGCAGAUGGGGAGGAUGUAGAUGAGGACGGGAAUGAAGGACAGGAGGGUGAAGAUGGCGGACCUCCGCACGAGAGUGCUAGAGAGUCUGAGGAUCAUGGCGAUGAUGGAGUGUCCGAUGCCGGAUCCGUGGAUGGCGAUGACGAGGAGGAGGAGGAGGAUGAUGAUGAUGAUGACGACGGAUACGAUCCGCGCGUCGUCCAAUCCAAGGAUCUCGACUGGACAGGAGACUGCCGCUUUCUUGGUUUGAAUGCCAGAGCUUCUGGCGUCAGCAAAGUAUUCGUCUCCGGUCCAGGCCACUAUUCAGACUACGGCAUGAUGGAUUGCAGUAACGGAAAUGAUCCAAACGCGGAGGGUGUGGAUAUGAGUGAUCUCUUCUGCUAUUCUGCCGGCGGUGUAGCAGACGAUGACGAAGUCGUCUAUCCCUUUCAUUGGGACUGUUACAAGCUGUUCUGUCGUUAUGUUGCUGGAUCUGAAGAUAACGAGAGCAUUGACAAGGAUGUCUUGUACAGCACUAUGCGUUCCCUUUCCUCAGAAUUCGGCCAUCGUCUUGACUUGGAUUACGACGAGCCAGACACAAUGACCAAUCACGAAGUUAUCGACGAUCAAUUUUGGGAAGUGAAAAAUGGGGAAGAGUUGUAUGUAAUCUCACCCUUGACAAGGGCGCCGCUGUCACCUGAAGAGAUCGCGAAAUUGCAACAGGCUUUAGGUUUAGCUUCCCUACAGUCGAGCUUGGCUGGAAAGGUCGCCUUGGACCCAUUUUCCAAAGUCCCUGCCGAGAUUCUUGAUCAAAUCGUCUCCAGCCUUAGCCACAAAGACCUGAUGAAUCUGCUCAAAGCAUCUUGGUACACCCACUCCGCCUACCACCAAAAUGAUCCAUUCUGGAGCCGAAAAAUCCGGGACACCAUGGGAUGGUUCUUUGAGCUCCAUGAAAUUCUCGAUUCUCCCACCCACGCGGAAAAGUUGACGAGCAUGAAGGCCGUAUAUCUGUGGGCAUGGACCAAAACCAAGCCGAGAUUCAAACGGAAAGGGAAGUACAUGGGCACCUCAAAUCGCAGGCGCAUCUGGGCUACCUGUGCGCAGCUCGCAGAGGCAUAUCAGGACAUGUUGUCAAAGCCUAUCGCCGAGGUUGAUGUCAUUAUUGAGACUCAGUCAGAUAGUCCAUCCUCGCCUCUUGCGUCGUCUCCUACAACCACUGAGACGGAAGGAGGCCUGUCAGUCCAGUAA